AAAAAUAAAAGCCCAUAUUUUACUUCGGGUCGAAGCAACGGAUUAUUCCACGCCGGAGGAUCCUUUCUUUAGUGAGUCUGCCAAAUCAGUAACCCUCAACUCGCUCUUCAUUUGUCGCUCUCACCGACAGUUAGAAUUCAUUUUGAAGCUCGAUGUCUCUAACGACGCGGCAGAGGCGCUCACAGCCGACUGAUCCCCCGCCAUCAUCGUCCACGUACACGAAGUACGAUAAGCUGAAGAAGGAAUCGGAGGAUAAAGGACUCGGGUGGUUCCUUCCGGUGGUGGCUCUGGGUAUGCUACGCUACAUGAGCGCUACAUCAAACAUCAUUCACGACUGUGACGAGGUUUUCAAUUACUGGGAGCCGCUUCACUACUUGCUUUACAAAUCCGGCUUCCAAACGUGGGAGUACAGUUCUCAGUUUGCUCUUCGAUCAUAUUUAUACCUUCUUUUUCAUGAAUUAGUGGGCCGACCGGCCUCCUGGUUGUUUGCUGAUGAGAAAGUGAGAGUAUUCUAUGCAGUGAGGCUCUUUCUUGGUGCCCUUUCUGUUGUUGCAGAUGCUGUUCUUGUGGUAGCAGUUUCGAGGAAGUAUGGAAAACGUCUGGCCUCAUAUGCUCUUGCGAUGCUGUGCUUAACCAGUGGUUGCUUCUUUGCUAGCACUAGUUUCCUCCCUAGCUCAUUCUCAAUGUAUGCCAUUAGUCUUUCAUCUGGAUUAUUUCUUCUAGACAAACCUGCAAUGGCUGUUGCAAUAUCAGCUGUUGGAGUAAUCCUUGGUUGGCCAUUCUCAAUUUUGGCUUUUCUGCCAGUUGUAUUAUACUCUUUAAUUAGAAGAUUCAAGCAAUCAUGUCUUGCCGGUGCUGUCACCUCUGUUGCCAUUGUUGCACUUUCGGUGUAUGUUGACUACCAUUACUACAGAAAAUGGACAUCAUCUAUACUGAAUUUGCUGGUAUAUAAUGUCGUAGGAGGUGGUGAGAGCCAUUUAUAUGGAACUGAAGGGCCUCUCUAUUAUUUGAGAAAUGGGUUUAAUAAUUUUAACUUUUGUUUUAUUCUUGCUUUGCUUUUCCUGGCAAUUUUGCCGAUCGCAAGGAAAAAGUAUGCCCCAGAUCUGCUGAUUGUGGUCUCACCUUUUUAUAUUUGGUUGGCAUUUAUGUCAAUGCAACCACACAAGGAAGAAAGGUUCCUUUAUCCAGUAUACCCACUUGUUUGUGUUGCUGCUUCAGCUGUCAUUGAGAGCUUUCCUGAUCUCUUCCAAGACAAGUAUAAUCCUUAUAAUAAUUCUUGGCUAGUUACGGCAGCAAAAUUUCUUAGGCCUUUGGCUCUUAGUCUCAUAUUAUGUGCCUCCCACUCCCGUACAUUUUCACUGAUUAAUGGUUAUGCUGCUCCAAUGGAGGUAUACAAGAUUUUGGAGCACCAUGAUGAUGCAGACCCAGGUUCUGUAGUUUGUGUUGGAAGUGAAUGGCACCGUUAUCCUUCUUCAUUUUUCAUUCCUAAUUUUGUUAGUGAAGUUCGAUGGAUUGAUGAUGGAUUCCGAGGGCUACUUCCACUCCCUUUCAACUCUACCUUGGGUGGGACUUCUGCAGCACCACCAUAUUUUAACAAUAAGAACAAGGCAUCACCUGAGCAAUAUCUCCAUGAUCUUGAUGCGUGUACUUUCCUUGUUGAGCUGGAGCUUAGUCGACCUUUUGCAUAUCGUGGUAGUGACUUGUCAAAAUGGGAGCCAAUUGCAGUACUGCCGUACCUGGACAGGGAGAUGUCACCUCCCUUAUAUCGAUCAUUUUUCAUACCAUAUAUGUGGCAGCAGAGGAAUGCUUUUGGCAAGUAUAAGCUGCUUAAACGAAUACCCAAUGCUUAAUUGUAAUCGCGAUGCCCCUCAUCGAUUAGUAUGAUCAUCUUUCUACUCAAUUUUGUCAUUCACCUAAUGAUCGACUUAGUGAUGAGUUUUGUUGUGAUGGUGUGAUAAUCGAACAGUUCAUAGAUGUAACCAAAUGCUGCUCUCUUACUCUUUUUCUCGAUCAGGUACUUCAAAUAGCUGCUUUAACCA